AUGGAGAUAAACACUACAAAAAAGUGUCAAAAUUCUGAGUUCUUUACCCUGAAUUUGGCAUGUAGGAUCUAUAAGAGAACUCAUACUGGAGAAAAGCCUUACAAGUGUGAUGAAUGUGGAAAAUAUUUACACUUCAGCUGUAUUACGGAAUCCAUACUGGAGGAAAAACCUCACAAAUGUGAAAACUGUGAAAGGUCUUUCAGUCAUAAUUCAAGUCUUAAAGCACAUCAGAGAACUCAUAUAAAAGAGAGGCCCUACACAUGUAAUGAAUGUGACAAAUCUUUUUCUCACAAGUCAUCACUGAAGGAUCAUAAGAGAAUUCAUACAGGAGAGAAACCCAAUACUUGGGAAGAAUGUGACAAUCAGGACUUAGAAUGCAUAUUUCCUACUGGAGAAAAACCUUACAAAUGUGAAAACUGUCAAAAGUCUUUUAGUUACUUUGCAUAUCUUAAAGCACACCAGAGAACUCAUACUGGAGAGAAACCCUACAAAUGUAAAGAAUGUGGCAGCCACCAAAAAAUUCACACUGGAGAGAAAUCCUGCAAAUGUGAUGAAUGUGAAAAAUCCUUUAGUUCUGGGUCAUAUUUCAAAGCCCAUCAGAGAACUCACACUGGAGAGAACCCCUACAAUUGUAAAGAACGUGACAAGUAUUUUACUAUGAAGGCAUCAUUCAGAAUGCAUGAGAGAGUUCAUACAGGAGAAAAGCCUUAA